CACAAGUCACCACAUCACAAACUUUUAUUUUCUGUGGAAUCCAAUAAUUAGUAUUAUUUGGAAUAACAUUAUUACGUUAAUGACUAUUCAAUUAUUUAGAUUAUAAAACUAGUAGUGAUGUGAUAUGCUAAAAUCCGUCCUUUAAUAACAAAUUAUUUUGCAAAUAAAAUAUUUAAGAAAAAAAAGUUGCUGCAAAGUCAUUUGUCAAAUCAUUGCUAAAAGGCUAACUUCAAACUCAAUAAUUUUAUUUUAUAGAUAAUAGGUUUUGUUUCGUAACAAAUUAUAGUAUUUUGGUAUAAUCAGGGUAUAUUUACCUUUAAUUUCUAUAAAAAUGCCCAACGUUCCAAAAAUACGGAUACAUGAUGUGAAUCCUUUUAUGCAAACUAUACGUAAUUUUUUACUUGGUAGAAAACAUACUUUGGCCCUCAGGUUUCAAGAUGCUUUAGCUUCAAGAUCACCACCUCCACCAGUUUUACCAGAUGGACCUGCCCAUAAACUUAAUUCUAACUAUUAUUAUUCAAGAGAUGCAAGGCGUGAAGUGUCUCCUCCUGAAGUUAUUGCACCUAAUCCAAAACAAAUUGAAUCUGGUGAAAAAGGUGAAACUGUCAAAAGGAUUACUCCUGGACCAAUAUAUAGAUGGGAUUAGUUAACAAAUUAGAUUUUCAAUUUAGUGUACAUAGACCUUUUAUUUACAAUAGUCAACCAAAUACUUAAAAAUAAAACAUAUGAGAAAAUGUA